AUGUCUACGCAGGUCCGAAAAAAUAGGCAUUAUCGUCCAAAGUGUCCCACAAAUGACAGCAACAGCGAGUUGCUAGGCUUUGGGUUACCCUCCUCGCCUAUUCGACGCCAUCCUUGCUCCUAUCAAAGACCUCAGCGAAAGCGAGUUUUGCCAAAGGAAAUCAGCCUCAUUAUUCUCCUCCUCGCAGUGAGGACAGCAAGCGAGAUUAGCAUGAGGAAACACAUGCUGAGUUUGGAAUUAAUCGCAAAUUCCUACAACUUUCCUGGCCACCCCUCCAUAGAUGACGCAGAGGAGAGUAAUGUCCACUUCAACUCGAUGCCGUCUGGCAAAUACGUGUCCUUCACCGAGCUUUAUUCAGAUGGCAUUUUGACCUCAACCAUGAGUAGGUGUUCUAGCUCUGAUGUGGCUAAUGACGAGGACCCUGACGAUCAGGAAGAGGAAUCAGAAAAGAGUGAGAAUAUUCUGGAGGCUGGCGAGAAGCUCCAGGACAUGGUUUAUGCCCCUACUGAUAACAAACUCGCCGCCCCAGGUGAGCAGUUUGCGUCUAACGAGGUAGUCUGGGAAAACAUCUUUAGCUACAUGACUUGGCAAGAGACCUUCCCUAUGCGUGGGAUAAGCCGGUUUCACUAUGUCAAGACGCUGCCCUUUGUGUGCCUCACGCGUAUGCCGUCCUCGAGACUCCCCGCCAUCUUCAUCCCAUGCCGCGAGGAUCUCGACGCCGACGAGGCGAUGGUCGACCACGCGCUCCGCCCACGUCCGGAGCCAUGGACGUGCCCUCGCUGUGGGCUCUUCAACAGCGCCACAGGGGGGUGGUGCGGGAACGACCAGUGCCGCGCGACGCGGCCCGCGAGAGGGUUUCGCAUUUUCCUUGGCCAGCUCCGCCGGUGUGGGACGGUGGCGAUGGUGCGUUGGCUCCUGCGCAACGUCCUCAACGCCCCGGAAGGGGCGUUGCGGUGUGUGGAGAACCACCGCAACACGACGACUGGGCGGGGAAAGGGCUGUGCGUGGCCCACCCUUCUUGAUGAGCCCACCGCGCUGCGGCUGCUCCACGCGAAUCACCGCAUGCUCUUCGACGCAAUCGGGGGGGUGGAGGGGAUGUGGGUUGCCUCCCUGGGUGGGGAGAGCGCGCUGAAGGUGGAGUGCCGGGGGCGCGAGGAGGAACCACAUCGACCCAAGCACCUGCCGCGGGGCACCAUCGUCGUGGAGCUACCCGCCGCACUCGCGCAGUCGGUCGACGCCGCCAGCUUUCCUCCUCCGCCAACGUACGAUGAUUCAUUGAAAAUGCAUCAACCCACUCUUGAACAGCCAUUAUUCGAUAACAAAAAAGGGAUGUUGUUCAUAAAGCCUAGGGUGUGGCGCCACGAUCCGUACCAGUGCUCCAUACUAGAGUAG